AUGGCUGGAUUUUUGAUGAAACAGAUGGUGGGCAACCAGCUCAACGAAGUGACUGGAAGUCUAGGAAUGGGUAAAGGAGAUGAUGAAGAGAAAACGGCUGAAGGAGAAGAUCCAGAGGUUGUAGCCGCGCGACUAGAGGAAGCUGAACGUCGUAAGGAGAAACAUCGCAAGAUGGAAGCAGAAAGAGAGAAAAUGCGCCAAGGAAUUCGUGAUAAGUACAAGAUUCAAAAGAAGGAGGAAGUUGGAGCAGCUAUGGAUUUUACUGAGGGACGUAUCGGUGCUCCUAGAAAGACACCAGAGGAAAUCGCCGCAGCGAUGAAUGCGGAGGAUGACAGCAUUAUCGGACAACUCGGCCUCACUGAGCAAGUGGAGCGUGCGAAAACUCUUGCAACUGGAGCACUCGAGACCGUUAAAGGAUUUCUGCCAUUUGGCAAAUAA